AUGGCACAGAUUCCAAUGAUCGGAGGUCCGAAACUUGGCUCGACUCUCCUCACCGAACCGAAGUGGCAAUCGAACAGUAACUCGUGCGAAGAUACACUGUCCUCCUCCAGCGGCGCUUCUUCUGACUGUAACACACAGUCGGCAAUUCAAGAGACUUCACUUCCAACCUUCGAGCAGCAGAAAAUGGAAAAUCUACAGGCUCUGUACAACAACUUGAAGAAAACCCAGCAGCCCGCUUCAAAAUCUUCUUUCUCAAUCGACGAUCUUGCGAAAUCAUCAAGCUUUUCUCCUCAAUCAACUCCUUUCGCCACCUCCUUGGCGCAAAACGCAAUCAACCCCUUCGCGUUCCAGCACCAAGAACUCUACCGAAAAGCGAUUGAGAACUUGAAAAGCUCUGGUAAUCCUCCCAGCACGCCAAAUCCAAUCGCUCCUCAUCCUCACAACGAAAAUCAUCAAAACAAUCAUUCGCACAAAAAUUCCUCAAAUCAUCAUCAACGGCCUCUUACUCCAUCUCUUCCUGCGCAUUUCAUGCUCGGGCAGACGAAUCCGGCGAUGAAUCCGAUGAUUGCUCAGCAAAUGCAACUUGCGAGGCUCCAGCAGCAUGCGAUUCAGAGGCAACAGAUGAAGAUGCGUGGAAUUGCUGCAAUGCAACAACAACGAGCAGCGUCAUCGCGAGAUGCUGUUUCUGCUUCGAUUGUCCGAGAAGCCAAAUCGCAGCUGAAAGGACUCGAUCCUGAAAAUAUGUACAUCGAAUGCCCACUUUGCCACAAGCGCAUCAAAAGGCUCUACCACUUCCAGCGACACAUGCGAAUCCACUCCGGCGAAAAAUCGCACCAGUGUCCUUGGUGCCCGUAUCGAUCGGUCCGCAAAGACAAUCUGAAGUCGCACCUGAAGACGCACGAAAAACACGCACUCGAAGCUAGAAGAAACGCUGCAUAUCUCGAUAAAAAGCGACAAAAUGAAAUCGACGCGAUGCGCCGCCUGCAUCAGUUUUCCGUCAAUCAACUUGCCAUUUCUGCCAUCCCGAAAACCGAGGGUCAGAAAGAUGUGGAUUCUGGAUGCGAAAGUCCUGAAGAACUCUCUAGCAAGGGCUCCUCUCCUCGGCAAAACUGCUGCCCCUCUUCAUCGGACUCCUCCAGCGCUUCGGAUCGCCACACAUCGAAGGAAUCCGACACUUCGUUUUCGAUCAUCGAAAUCGAGUAA